CACCCUAUUAUGGAAAAGGGCAGUGCCUCAGCAAUGGUCGGUGUUUAUGCUGGUGGGGAUGGACUGGACCCAAUGCUUGCUACGUUGAAGAUGGUAGCUACAAGAAUAGACUUAUUGUAAGUAUCGAUCAGAUAGUCAGAACAACUGCCAUGCAGUCAUUCAGAACAACCUAAAAAAUUAAAAAUAAAAUUAAAAAUAAAAUUAAAAAUACUUUGAUGUUUGAAGUGAAGAGCCUUAAUUCGUUACUACUAGCAUCAUGAUGAAGGAUCUUGAAUAUCUUUUUUAUGUUCCCUGCCAGUUUUUACCCAAGCCACGCCGUUUAUUAUAAUUACAAAUACAACUAUAUUUGAACAAGCAUGCAUUUAUCCUGGUACAUGGAAACUGCGCAAGGUUGCAAGUACGCAUGUGCAGUUGCUUACGAUCGUGAACAAGGGAACAAUUCUUCACACAAUUGUUUUAUAUAGGCGGACUACUGUGUGACCGCAUGCCACUAUACACCUGUUGUCAGAAAUGGGACAUGUCUGAAUGGUACUUGGCCGCCUGUUGUAAAAGCCAGAGCUAUUGGUAGGCAGCUUGCACCAGUCAAGAAAGGUGAUCAAUUUUCGUCAUUUUGUCUUCAUAGUGAGCGUUCAAGGGUUUCUUACCUUAAACUAUUUAUUUUGCGCCAGAUGUAUGCAUUAUAAUGUACUUAUAAAGAACAACGUGCUCGUCCCCUUGUCCCUUUGACGAGAAAAAUCGUGUUGAACAAAGUAAGAUAAUUAAAAGACUGCACCCACUAGGCGCAUUGCUGCUUAAUUAAAUAUCUUUUAAGUGACAAAUAAAAACAUGGGAUACAAAAAUAUUAUAGUGAUCUUUCACGUUACGUUAUAAGAGAGUUGAUGAAAACUAACUAAACUAAUGAACAUACCAUCAUCUCUCACCAUCACCCAUAAAUUGCAUAAUGUUUAGAUUUGGGUCUUAGAUUUCAGUUGUCUUCUGUCUGUCGUGAAGAGGGAAUUAUUUUCAGUAUAAAAUAAUUUAUUUAGUAUUUUAUUAAUUACUAAUACCAAGAACUGUCCUAGAAGGCUAAUUUAUCAUUAGAAGCAUGGCGUUUUGAGUGACUUACCUGAUAUUGAUGUUGUUCUUGCAGUAAAAUGUGAUCCAAAAUGCGGCACUGGGGUGUAUACCCAUGCUGGAACAUGCCAGGAUGAUGGAAGAUGUCUCUGUUUCUGGGGUUGGACUGGACCCAACGCUAAAUACACCACGAACAAUAAAAUUUUGGUUUGUGUAAAAUUUUAUAUCAUUAAUAGGGAAGUAGGAUAAAAUCUUGUUAACGAAAUCUUCUCAAAUACCCAAACAAUAUGAGAAAAUAUACUGUUCGUAUGUUUCUUUCUACCAAUUCACUUCUCAGAUGAAAAUUAGAGACAAGUCCAGAUAUCUUAUCUAUAGCUUUGUGUCAGAAAGUAUUAUGACACGACACACGGUGCUCAAUUAAUCUCAAAAGUGUUAUUAACAAUUAUAGGAACAACAUAAUAUGCUAGUUAGAAUUCGACCUAUUUUUUAUUAACUGGAAAACUAAAGACUUUCUCAAUUUAAAUGUUGUUGUUUCAUGCACGUUGAACACUGUCUUGCUGCUUGAUAGUGCUUAAGGUGAUUCAUCAGUUUUUUACUGCGCAUAUCUAAUAACAAAUUCUAGCUAAUAUAUAUGUAGUCGAUCUGCAUAAAAAAGUGAUAAAAAAGGACUUAGGGCAAAAAGAAAACACUCUGCAUUGAUAUAGGCGUGCUUCAGGAAAUAUACCUUCAAAAAUGAUAGAACUCUGGCUAGGGCUCCCUGUGCAACUAACACUAAACCACAUCAUGCAUGUUGCAUGUUUAAUCCUUGUAUCUCUUGAAGAAAGCCCGUGAUCCAACUUUUUUAUUUUGUAUGUGUGUUCUUCUAUGCGUUUUACAUUUCAUAUCAGAAAAUAAUAGAAAAAUCAUUUCUACAAAUUAUAAUUUUACAUUUGAUGAGAAGAUGAGAAAAGACAUCUUUGCACGUCAAUGGUUUUUGAUUCGCUAAAAUACCAUGUUUUGUUGUUUAAAUCACUAGAUAGACAUUUUUAAUAGGAUCCUUGUUAAAAAAAUUCAAUAACGGUUGAGCAAUUGCGAUUGUUCCUGUAACUCGUAAAAGGGUCAAGAUGGCGCCAUGUGGGGGAAAAGGUGGCAUAUCGCACUUGUCAUAUCUUCGAAACGAGUUCAGUGAGCCCAACUUUUUUCUGUUCUUACUAUGAGCGUAUCCUAUAAACGUCUCCCCCUGGGAGGUUUCAGCAAAUUCUCAUAUCCAGAAAAAUUACUGAUGAAUCACCUUAACGACACUUUACCCUCCAAAUACCACGGCCAGCGAACAACUUAAAAAAAAAUAAUACCAAAAGAACAAGGCCAUCUCCAAAGAACAAGGUCAUUUUGCCGGAGAUUCAAUGUGCAAGACAGUUACGACAAGUUUUUGAGACUAUCGUCUUGUUUAAUUCAUAUUAUUGUUCAUCCUUUAAUUUCAAGAUGACUUUUUUGUUCGGAGUUUGUUUGAAGCUAUAUAUUAAACAAGAAGGUAUUUAAUUAUAUUGACAGCUUCAAUGCUUUGAAAUUUCUAGGCUGAUUACUGUCGUAUACCGUGUCACUACACCUACGACUACGCCAACCCAGAAUGUGUGAACUCUAACCACACAAAACACGAGUGUGUACUACCUGCCAAGUCUGAUCCCACGGUACCAUGUGACCAAAGAUGUGGAAAUCGUAAGUUUCUCUUAUUAUAUGUUAUCGACGUCGCCACUAGGUCUGACGAAGCUUGGUAGUUUGUUCAUUUAUUUUUCUAGAAACACCAUGCAGAGUUUACUAAAUAAUAUAUUUUCGAGCUUAUUUUUAUAAUCACCAAUAUGUUCUGAAAUACGGAAUUUCAUUUUUGGAUAUAUUAAUGCAGGUGUCCCACAGACGUCUUAGAAUAUCCGUAUAUCGCCUUUUUUCACAUUUCCUUGCAUCCUGGUGGGGGGGGGGGAGGGGGAUACGCGUUUGAAUCUCGAAGUUAAAACUGAGUUCGAAGCUAAAACGUCUCGACUGAGGACAACGGCGAUUUACCGGAGGAGCUUCAUCUGUAAAAUCUCGUUUCCAAUUCAUUUAAUUCCGAGGAGAAAUGUCUGGAAAAAUCAUGUCAUUGAUUCUGCGGGCGCAAAAUUUCACCUCAAAAAUCUUGAAAUCGCUUUUCAGGGACUCUCGAUUGCAAAAACAUCGCUUUUCAGGGACUCUCGAUUGCAAUACAGAUAGCCGGUCUCAUGCCUUCGGUGUUCGCUUUGCCACACCCCUUCCCCUCUCCUCACAAAUUUUUGAAGAUUAAAAUUUUUAAAUUCGUUUCCAUAUGUAGCUCCAAAUCAUGGCAAAGGAUGGUGUUUGAGAAAUGGAAGAUGUUUGUGUUGGUGGGGCUGGACCGGUCCUGAUGCGUGCUAUAUUGACGGUGGAUAUUUUAAUAACAGGAUUCUUGUAAGUCUUCGAUUACAAUAUUACUUCUUGUCUGUUUUGACAAAUUUAUUUGGAUCAAUAAUAUAUACAGUAUAUUAGAAAAUGUUUAUUGGUCAGGAUAUUAAGUAUAUUAUAUCAUAUAAUUUUAGGCUGAUUAUUGUGAGAGACCAUGUCAUUACACCCAUGAUGUUCGUAAUGCAACGUGUUUGAAUCUGAAUUGGAAUGGAAGUGAAAUAGGUAAUAAAUACGUAAACAGAAUGAGUAGUAAGUACAGUACAGUACUUUGCCUUUGUGAUUUUUAUAGUUGUCAUAAUGUUAUAUUAUUAAUUAUUAAGCAAAAUGGCGCUUAUAAUCGUAUGAUCUGUAUGGGGCGCCGUAUAAUCUUGCAUUUAACUGAUAUGACUUUGAAUGCAUUCACACAGGGGGCACUUAUUUCAGCAUGUUACCCACUUGUGAAAAAAUCCUGCAGCGUACGAUCACCUGGUAUUAUUUUAUCCCUUCUCCAUAUGACCUGAUAUAUCUUAUCAACGUAUAGACAAUCGUUAUGUGAACUUCACUUUUAUUUCAUUUAUCAGCUAAAAGAGGAUUAAACGGAGAGAUCGUAGUCUAAAAGAAAUUCUUCUAAUUUAACUUUUAAAGGUGAGCACAUUCAGGAAGAUUUAUGUUUACAUAAUAUAGUAUAAUUAUUGGAUGGAUGUGCUCUUUUAUUUUUGUUUAAGGUCUUUGGGAGUGCAUGAAAAUUAAAUUGUGAAGCGAUUUUUAUUAAAAGAUUUAUUCUAAAUAUUCAAUGACCCGGGGAAUCAAAUUCUAAUGUUCCAAGAAAGAAACGUCAAGUGUUUUUAUAUAAAUACGCCUUGUUUAACGACCAUGUUUAGAAUAUGCAAGGGUAAAUAAUGCUCGUGAGGUUAUACCGGCUGCGUUGGGCAGGUCUCUGACAACGAACGUGUACUUUCUGACUAUAGUGCGUCUAAGCACAGGUUAUUAUUGUAUUAGAUAUUUGAUUGGCCGUUUUUGGCUAAUUCUCGACACUUUCAAAAAUGGUUACUCAGGUUUAAACGCAGCUCUCUCGGUCAAUAUUGCACGAAAAUGCACAGGGCGUAUAUCAAAAUUUAAGUUAGACAAUACUGAAUGCAAUGCACGUAGUUUACAUGUAAUAGCUCUUUUAGCUUUUAAGUUAAAACAAAUCAAUAUAUAUAUAUAUAUAUAUGGUAAUUUGGUGGAAACGGUAGAAUUACGCAAUAUUUUAUAUAGUGCAAGAGAAUGCCCAGAGGAUAUUGUUUAGUUAGUUAAAUGGGGAAAAUCCAGAUCAAUUUAUGGAAAGAUUGUAUAUAUAGCUCUUCUAUAUUCUUCUGUAGGAUGAAAAGAGGGCCGGAAGAGUUCAUUAUUGUUUUUUAUUCAACUUUAACUGACAGUAAAGAUGGAAAAUUGAAUUGAAAUAUAUUAGAGACAAGUUGUAAGAAUACUUUGCAAAUCGAGGUGUGGAAAUUAAUCAAUAAAUUAAGUUACUCGUCAACAAA